GUCGAAUAUGGAUUUUUUUCUUCUUUUUUUUUCUUAUCUAAUGUGGUUGGUGUGAGGUCUCACUUUUGCGAGAUCGUGGGUUGGGUAUGGAUUGUGUUUUUUAUUCACGUGCAAGUUGCUAGUGGUGAUUUGUGGUGGUGGUGGAGCGUACGUUAAAAAUGGAACGGCGUGGCCCUGUGGCUCACGAAAAUUGUGGAACAUAUCUGUUGUUGUUUUCAAUUUUUGGAUUAUAUUCUUCGUGCAAGUUUCUGUCCAUAUCUAUUUAUACUCAAGAUAUGACUUCAAUUAAGUAUUUGACCCCAAAAACGCAUUGGUUACAAUUCGUAUCAAAAAGCCUUUCCAUCUCUCUCAUUAGCCCAAGUUUCGAUUCAUCUUCAACCAUGAUGUUGUGAUUCCAAUAACUUGAUUCAUAUUAUUGUGCCUAUUUUCUCUUCAACAUUAUGGUACGCACCGAGUUGGAUUCUUCUUUGCACCAAUUGUGUUGACGUGGCUGCUAUGCAUCAAUACCCUUGGCUUGUAUAAUAUAUUUCGCUGGAACCCACAUGUUUAUCAAGCUCUUUCCCCAUAUUACAUGUUCAAGUUCUUAAAGAAGACAAGGAUAAGUGGAUGGAUGUCCUUAGGUGGAAUAUUAAUGUGCAUAACAGGCUCAGAGGCUAUGUUUGCUGAUCUUGGACACUUCUCAAAUGCGGCCAUUCAGAUUGCUUUCACAUUUCUAGUUUAUCUAGCACUUAUUUUGGCAUACAUGGGCCAAGCUGCUUAUUUAUCACAUCAUUGCCACUCCAAACAUAGUAUUAGCUUUUAUGUCUCAGUUCCUGAAUGCGUAAGGUGGCCAGUUCUUGUUGUAGCUAUUCUUGUUUCAAUUGUUGGAAGCCAAGCAAUCAUCAGUGGAACAUUUUCUAUCAUAAACCAAAGCCAGUCGAUUGGUUGCAUCCCAAGAGUCAAGGUCAUUCACACUUCUGACAAGAUUCAUGGUCAGAUAUAUAUUCCAGAGAUCAAUUGGAUUCUCAUGAUCCUUUGCAUUGCUGUAACAAUUGGAUUUAGAGACACUAAACACAUGGGAAAUGCAUCAGACAAGAUGACAUUGUUGGAGGAAGAGCAGCUAAAUAUGAAGAUUCAAAUUGCUGAAAUGUUGAAUCUACUUAAAGGACACUUGGGCGUUAGAGCAACAACAAGUGAGGGGAAGUCCCACAAUAUUCCACAAUCCAACAAUAUUCCUUCUCCUAAGAGUGUUGGAGUUAAAAAUGGCACUAAAUUUACAGAAUCAAGGAAUGCUUUCUACAUGCUUGAUUGGUCAGAUGCAAUUAUUGCUGAAGGCUGUUGGGAUUCUAGUGAUCCAGACUUAGAGAUGCACGAAAUUCCUCUUGGACCAGAUUUUAUGCGUGUAUGCAUUGAUGUUGUGGUUGUGUCUAGUGCUUAUUUAUUUCAUCCUAACUAUGCGAUGCUUACUAUACGAGAAGUUGUUGGUUCAACAGUUGCAUGGCCUUCUCAAAAGGUUAUUCCAAGAGGUCAUAUAUAUACGUACCUCAGUUCUUCUUUUCCUGGUGGCAACAUGUAAAGCUGUAUUGCCAAACUUAUCAGGGAGCAUAACAAUAGCUGCAUCUGCAUCAAGAAGCGACUUGACCACUUCACAGCUAACUCCUUUCACAGCCAUAUGCAAUGCAGUUUGUCCCUUUUUAUCAGUUCUUCGAGCUAGUUGUGGAUCCUUCCUAAGCAACAUUCUCACAACAUCUAGAUGCCCUUGUCUUGAAGCUAGAUGUAAUGCAUUCUUUCCAUUUGAUCUAGAUAUUUCUAUUAUGCUUGAAUCUUUUGAUAACAAUUCUCUUACCACUGACGCAUGCCCUUUUGUUGCUGCUGAUAUAAGUGGUGUUGUAUUUGACUGCCCUAUGGUUUUGCUUA